UAUUAAUAUCCCGCAGUUUAGUAUAAUCAUCUGAACCACACGAGACGACGGGCCAAACGAAUUUUGUCCUUCUCCGCUGACCCGGAGCGGAGGGUUUGACAACGUAUAAUAAUUAAUACCCGUCAAUUUGUGCUUGGUGUUUUCCACCAAUAGUUUCGAUUUCCUGUUAUUUUUGAUGCAUGAGCGUAUUAUUGUGAUUUUACAACGGAUAUAUGUCUUUAAAAUGAUAAAAUGAUGUGAUCGCUUUUCUUAAGCUAUUCUUUCCGUGUGACCCCGCCAAGUCGCGUUUAGGAGAAUGUUAAUUUCUCCAAAAUCGAACCCCUUUUCCAUCGAUUCGCUACUUGGCAUCAAAGAGACUGUAGCGGAACCUAAAGACAACGAAAAUACAACGCAAAAUGAAACUUUGUGCAAGACAGACCCCAAAGGAGAGGGCAAAAUAGUGACAGAAGGACGAGCUGAUUUCGAGAGAAAUCAAAUUGACCGGAUCUCUUACUCUACCCUUAACCUGAGGGGUGAGAGUCUUCAUACAUAUGGGAAAAGUGACUAUGACUCUGAGCAGACAUUUGGGUUUAUUUCUGAGCGGCAAAGGGAAGUGCUUUUGCAGAGACAGAAUGAGCAACUAGGGCAUUGUCGAGUGAGAUAUUGGGGGGCCCCUAGGUACCACGACCCCCUUUCUCCAUGGCAGUACCGCUAUCCAAGUCAGGGACCACUCUCGCGCUUCAUAGAUUCGUCCCUUUUGCUACCAAAUCUUCGGAAAUCCAAGCGAAUAAGAACAGCUUUUUCCCCUACACAGCUCCUACAGUUAGAGCAUGCGUUUGAGAAGAACCAUUACGUGGUGGGCCAAGAGAGAAAAGAACUGGCUCUUAAAUUAGGCCUCAGUGAAACGCAGGUGAAAGUAUGGUUUCAGAACAGACGUACAAAGUACAAGCGAGUGAAAGCAGAAGAAGACAUGACAAUGGCCCCUUCUAAAAAUAGAAGUCACGUGAUAAGGGAUCAGGUGACGAAGAAAAGCGAUUGUCGCUACGAUUCUUCGUCUGAGGAAAGUGAUAUAGAUGUUUAACCAUAAUGAGAGUGGCUUGCUUCAAUGGCAGUAUAUGGUGCAUUUACUUUUCUCAUUUCUUCUAUUAUUGCUUUGAUAUACUUCGAUUUGUUGUCCGUUUAUCACUGAAAUGCUUUGUGAUGUAUGACUUUUAGGUGUAAACUUAGUGCGGAUAAGAGUAAUGGAGGCUUAUUUUGGAUGUUGUUUUCAAUAUAAAUUUUGUUGUUGUGAUAUUGAAUAGGAUGUAACCAUAUUUUCAAUAAAUAUUAUAAGAUGUUUUCACCUACUUGUUUUUUUUUUUUUAAAUUCAUUUUUGAUUCACAAUAUCCUGUCUUUAUCAAAUAUCUACGUACUGGUGUAAUAAGUACAAACUGAGACGUAAAUGCAAUAGUAUUGUAUUUGUUGUUUAACUUGUAGGGAGAGGGCGAAUUAAGUUUUUAUAACUUGUGGCCAAUCCCAUUGUAAUAUAUAAUGCAAUAAAAUAUGUUCAAAUCAAAUGUCCUGUGAAAUGCAGACUACAGAAUAUCUAUUUACAUAUGUUAAUAAUCACAUAAUGUAUUCUUUGUUUCCUAUGUAAUUUUCUUUGUAUUAUACAAUAUUUGUUCUUUUUUUUUUUUUAAAGAUUUUUACUUUAGAUCUACAAAUAUAAUUAUUUGAAUCAUAAGUUUAAUACACUGUCAGUAUUUCGUAUGAAAACAGCCUUAUUUUAAAUAAACAAAUAAAUCAAG